GAAAGCUGUGUGGACGCUGAAGCACAGAUGAUAAACAACAACACUUCAAUCUGCAGCUCCCCGACACAACGCGCACUAAUCCCUGACGUGCACACCACCUGGACGUGUUUCUGGUUCCUUUAUUUAUUUUGUUUUUUACAAGUUUGUUGGGAACUUUUUUUUUCAAUCCGGAGUUGGACAUUUGGAGUUUUCGAGUCCCGACUUCUUUGCAACAAACCCCCCGCUUUUUCUACCGCAAAAACAACAACAAAUCCCCCCCCCCCCUCCCAGAAAAGCAGAAAGAGAGUGUGUGUGGAGGGAAACAUGGAGAUCCUGGAUAGUAGUGAGCCGUUUCUACACUGGGACAGGAACCUCAGCGAGCUGUCCGAGGCCGGGGAGAUCGACUGUGUGCUUUACACCAAUCACUUCUCCGAGCUCCUCGACGACCUUUCCCAGGAUGCUUUGCUGGGCCAGCUGCUCAGCGACCCCUUCCUGUCCGGGGUGAGAGGCGGAGGAGUGGAAGCCAUGGAGGGGGAGGACGGGAGUGACCUGUCCCCGUCUUCCCCCCUCCCCCCGCACAUCACGGCCGAGCACAGCUACUCGCUCUGCGGGGACAGCCGACCUCAGUCGCCUCUGUCCCACCUGACCGGAGAGCAAGGCAGCGACGCAGAGUCUGAUGGAGACUCAGCUGAUUGGCCCAUGGAGCAGGAGGACACCAUGGACAGCCUCCUGUGUGAGACUCCCUCCCUCCUCCCCACCCUCUCCCUCUCUCUGGCCUCCAGCGAGGGGCGCCAGGCAUCCGAGGGCCCCGCUGUGGCCCCUGCUGUUAUCACCACCCCCCCGACUCAGACUAAAGUCAGCAGCCACAACCAGGGCAAAGGCUUCAAGAUAAAAGAGGAGAACAUCGUCCCCCAGAUCAAACUGGAGCCUCAUGAAGUGGACCAGUUCCUCAAUCUGUCUCCCAAAGGUCUGGAGGUGCUGCAGAUGCCUCCCACUCCUCCCAGUUCCCACGGCAGUGACUCUGAGGGCAGCCAGAGCCCCGUCCACGCCCCGCCCGGCCUCUCCUGCCCCACCUCCCCCACCAGCCCUCCUCCAUCCCAGGCCAGCCUGAAGGUGUCGCCCCGUGCUCCUUCCUCCCUCUCCAACUCCCCUCUGCUCACAGCUGCUCAUAAGCUGCAGGGGUCGGGCCCGUUGAUGCUGACGGAGGAGGAGCGUCGGACGCUGGUGGCCGAAGGUUACCCGGUCCCCACGAAGCUGCCGCUCACCAAAGCCGAGGAGAAGGCGCUGAAGAAGAUCCGCAGGAAGAUUAAAAAUAAGAUUUCAGCUCAGGAGAGUCGCAGGAAGAAGAAAGAGUACAUGGACGCUCUGGAGAAGAAGGUGGAGACCUGCUCCAACGAAAACAACGAGCUGCGCAGGAAAGUGGAAACUCUGGAGUGUACCAACAAGUCUCUGUUACAGCAGCUGCAGUCUCUGCAGGCAUUGGUGGCCGGCAAAGUCCCAAAGUCCUGCAGGAUGGCAGGCACCCAGACCUCAUCAUGUUUAAUGGUGGUCGUGUUGUGUUUUGCUCUGUUUUUGGGGAGUUUCUACCCCAGCAGUUUGACUCCGUGCUCCACCAUCACUGAAACUGGCCUCACUUCCAAACAGCUGGCUGUAGAAGAGUCCUACACAACCACAGUGAAGUCGAGGAAUCUGUUAUCAACCUUCGAGGACGAGCAGCCGCACCUCCUCGGUCUCGGCGGGGAAUAUCCCGACCAGUGGGAGGACGCGCCGGCCGUGGUCAUGGCAGCGUGGCGUCGCUCAGAGCAACAGAAGGUGGCGGUGGAGCCCGACAUGGUGGAAACACACCUUCCUUUAAGGAAUAUAAGCAACGAUACGCAGACAUCAAAAAACCUGCUGCUGGACCUGCACAGGUCUCUGGAGCAGAGGACGAGCGAGAGCAGCAGUAAAGUGAUAGAGCUGGAGCGGACGGUCAACGAGACCUCCUGAGGUUCAUCUCACCCCCCCCCCCCCUCGAUCCCACCUCCCCUAAACCCCAUCAUGACCUUUGACCUCCCCCUGUAGAGCAUGGUUCAGUGUCCUGGAGCAAACCUCAUACAGUAGUUCCCACUGCUGAUUGUUCCAUCUCUGCUUAAUCAGAUACACUGUAAUAGUAAUGAUUAAUAAUGUUAAUAAUAAUAAUAAUAAUAAUUAUAAUAAUUAUAACUAUAAUAACAAAGAAGCACUGGUUGCCUUAAUUUCUGAAGUAAAAAUGCACUGAAUAAUUUUUACAUGAGUCAACUUAUCAGUUGUCUUAAUUGACGUUCAAAUAGUGAAUAAUGCAGCGUGGCAUUUAUUCCAGUGGAAAGUAUAUUAAAAUAUGACGUGAGGCUUUUUACAGGACACUGACGGAGGCCCUUUGUAUUUAUAGAAACCUUUGUUUUUCAUAAAGUUAUUGCUCUUCGUAGUUCUUUUAAUAUUCCAUGUUUUUAUUCCAUUCCAGCGAGGCGUACGCCCCCUUUUGAUACUUGUUUGUGUUCAUAUUGUAUUGUUUUUUUAUUUUAUUGUACUCUUUUAUAUAUUGUUAUAUAUUUUUUCUUCAGCUGACACUUCAAACAUUAGCUCGGGGGUUCCAGCGCUCAUUUAAAGACAAGUUAAACCUCAUAUUUGGGAUGUUUUAUAGCAAAGAAAACGUUGGAGAAGCUGUUUCUACGACGAGGUGUGUGUGUAAAUCCCAGAAUUGAGCUUUUCUGUCCCAAAAUGUUGAACUAUUCCUUUAUAAAAAUGUGUGCUGGAACCACAGGAUGAACUUUCUGCACAAACUUCUUUUGGCCUUAAGUCCUGCGAUGCUUUUGCUUUAAACACUUUGACUGUCAGCUUCCUCUCAGCAUUUGCCAAAAAAAUCUUUCCUCCCAGAAAUGAAAAAAAAGUCUAUUUUUGUAAAUAUAAGUUGUUAAUAAAUAAGCAAGUCUGUUUCUGGGAUCUGUAGUUUCUAAACCAAUCCAUAAUCCACUCUUGAGUCUGUUUUAGAUGCGAUGCUGUUGAUACAUUAUGAACGUAGCUUCACAGUUUGAUCUGUUAAUUACAGAUCGUGGCUUUAAAAAGUCCUUAUUGUUCAUUUCAUGUGUAUUAUGGAUGGGUUUUUACAUUUCUGAGCUUUAUUGAAACAUGUUUUUUCAUGUGUGUUACACCCUGUUCACUUUCUGCGCAUCCAUGUUGUAAAUACGAACUGUCAACUGAAGUUAAUUAAGCCCAUAAACAUAAGAACUUGUCAUUUACAAACUGAGGAUGAAUUAAACAGAAAUAGAUCCCAGUCCAGUUUAGAGACUAGAAAACAAUAUUUGUAUAUCUUGGUCUCAUAUUUUAAGCUUUUUAGAUCAAUCAGUGGCUAGAUUGUCAAAGAGGUAUUAUUGAAAGGAAACACAACAUUUUGAAUUUUAUUUUGAAAAUCUUGUGGGACAUUCUCUUCUAGUUUAGACUGAAACUAGCAGCAAGAGUGGAGCUUUGUUUUCUUCCAAAUCCAAUUUCAUUUCCAUGUUUCUGUGUAAAGCCACUCCUGUCUUUGUGCUUUCAAAUGAAUAUAGUAUUUUCCUUAGUAAAAGCAUAUUUUGCAAUAGCACAAUG